AUGCCAGUACUUAACGCAGAAAGACUUGUACGAUUAGCUUACAAAUAUCCCCAGCUCCAUAACUCGUGGUACUUGGUUGCAUGUGCGUGCCUUUCCGUGGUUAAUCAACCCCAAGAAAUCCCUAAGAUAUUCCAUUUCGCUUUACGCCAGCAAUUGUUAGAAAGUUGUGCUGCAAAGGACAAAAUUUUACUCACAGAUCAAUAUUUGUUACAAUUAGCUCAAGACUCGGUAUCGCUGGCUGAAAAAUAUGCCGACUUGACUGCUGUUGGGGUGAACCUACCUGAUAUCUUGAUCCCUCAUACGUACUAUGACAAGUUGCCGCUUGGUUUUAAAUUUUCCAGAGCUGAAGAUAUUCAUGAAACUCAGUUGCUGAUUGCUGGGAAGAUCAGAGAAGUCAUUUUAAAAAGUGUUGCUUUGGCAGGCUUACCAAAAGCAAUUAAUGCUUUGAUGAUCUUGAAGAAUGUAACCCCAACUUCGUUACUCCCGCUUAAUACUCCAGUUAGACCUGCUAUAGUUAACCCUGGCUUGAUGUCAUCGAAUGACUUGCUUGGUGAGGACGUUGAGGGAACCAGAUUUGAAGAUGUCACCGAGUCCCUCCCCACCACGGAUACUAUUGACGGGCCCAUCGCUCCCAGCUCCAUAAAUGCCAAGCAAAUCCAAACCGAUUUGACCAGAGGUUCCGAUUUCUGGAACACGAUCUAUUCAACUAAAGUGAACAUGAGAAUUCGAAAGCAGAUGAUCAACGCAUACCCAGACCUCUGGUACUUUGCCUAUCAUCAUGCUUACUCUCCGUUAUUGAGUUUCACAGAAGUUUUAUCUGCAAGGGAAACCUCCAUGUGCAUUGUGGCCAGUUUGAUUCCACAAGAUGUCAAUCCACAGUUAAAGGGACAUUUGAAAGGUGCUAUAAACGUUGGAGUGACUAAGGAGGAAUUGGAGCACCUCCGCUUGUUGGUUUUCGAUGUAUGCGACUGGAGCGGAAACGUCUCAUGGAGAGAAGGCCAAGACUCGGUAGCAAAGUUGUGA